GUCGCUGGCGAGGGCUGGUUUUGGGGACGGACUGAAAGUUCCCGAGUACGGCGGCUGAGUGGUUAGUUUGAGCCGGGUUGUUGGACCUUGAGGACGUGGGGUACUGCGUCGGGCCAGGCCGGGGUGGGACCGCCCUCCCGGGCCACAACCCUCCGAUGUGCUCGGGCGUUGACUGCGACCUGCGCUGCGGACUCGGGUGUUCGGGGAAACGGAGUCUCGAGGCAGGCGCGUGGCUUGCAGAGAUUUGAGCCCGACUCUGGGCUCGAGGGCGAGCGGGUUUGCAGUUGCACCUCGGCGGGACCGGCUGACCGAGGUGGCGGCUCGCGGGGUCGUGCACCGCCCGCCCCCGUGACUCCGCGGCGCCUGUGUUCCAGCUGGAGCCCGGCCGCCGCCUCCCACAACCAUGUUCCUGGCGCGCCUGACUUCGCGGUUUGCCAGGGCCGUGCCCUGGGCAGGGUGUAGUCGGCCGUGGCCUGUCUCGGUGGCUCCGGGCAGCCGUGCCUGCCAGCGCCCACACAGCUUGCAGCCCGCAGGCCUGAGCAGGACGGCCUUCCUUCCUGGCAAGGGGCCCCAGCUGGAGCUUGAGGAAUUGCUGGUCCCCAGGAAGAUGGCCAUCAGCCCCCUGGAGAGCUGGCUGACCGCCCGCCACCUCUUACCCAAAUUGAAUGCUGGGACCCCAGCAACUGUGACUCCAGGCCAAUUCUACCAGUGUCCUCCCGGCCAAGUGGAAGAGGGGACCAAGCAGGUGGAUGAGGGCGUCUGGGAUGCUCCGCAGAUGCAGUGCAAAAAUGUCCUGAAGAUCCGACGGCGGAAGAUGAACCACCACAAGUACCGAAAGCUGGUCAAGAGAACUCGGUUCCUACGCCGAAAAGUCCAGGGAGGACGCUUAAAGCGGAAGCAGGUGAAGUUUGAGAAAGACUUGAGACGCAUCUGGCUGAAGGCCGGCCUGAAGGAGGCCCCCCAGGGGUGGCAGACCCCCAAGAUCUACCUGAAGGUUAAAUGAGCCCUGGUCUUGUUUCCACGACCCACGUGCUGCUGGUGACACGUAAUAAACAUUGGGAGGUCUCAGUGUC